GUCAGAUGUUGUCGUGGCCGAGUGGUUAAGGCGAUGGACUAGAAAUCCAUUGGGAUCUUCCCGCGCAGGUUCGAAUCCUGCCGACAACGGAUUAUUUUUGUCCUGUGAUUGGAAUGCCCAGGAGGUUACAUUGUAUCACAGAUAGCCAGUAUAUGUUGUUGUAUCGCUAGUUACAACGUAUCAAUCUUUACCUACUUGAAAUGAGGUUACGCCUGUUAAUCAAUCACUCCUGUUCAUGACAACAGUCAAUAAGUAGCAGUACCCUGAAGCCAUGGCGGACGAUUUGGACGAAUUGCUAGAUGAGGUUGAAACAAAGUUCUGUCGCAAUGUUUCGUUGACGCCACAACUUCAAGCUCCUUCAGAUUUAUCGACGGCUGGGAAAUGUUUAAUGCAAACUGGGAGAGAAAGAAAACACUGGUGCGUAGUAAAAUGCAAGUGUUAACAGGCUAACGUUAACGAUAGCUAGUACGUGGAAAUGGACUAACGUUAGCAAGCAAGGUUAGCAAACCAAGUUGUUGACCAUGAUUGACGCAGUGGAAGCUUAUGCAAUGUAACUAACGAUGUUAUGUAACGUUAGCUAAUUAGUUGCAAACGCCAGCCUUCCCAAAUUGCAUUGUUAUUUCACCAAGCUUGCUAGCUAAAUCAUGUAGUUAACUAACGUUAGCUAGCGAACCCGUUAAUAGUUAGCUAGGUAACGUUAGCUUGCUAAAACUGUUCCUCGCUUCACACCGUCAGCACCACUGAUGAUACACCCAGAAAAACUGACAGCGAAGAUAUAGAUGCCCUUCUUGAGGACCUACUUGACGAUGACUUUGAUUCUCUUGAGCUAAACGUGAGUAAAUAACGUUACAUCGCCUUACAAUGUUGAAUGCUGUUUUUUAGCUAACUGUCCAGUAGCUAGCUAACGUUAGCUGGCUGGAUAUCACACGGAUGUAUUAGUUAGUUAUAAUGAGAUAAAUACAAGGCUAUGUUGGAUUGUUUUUAGCCUUUUUCCAAUGGGAAGGUUGCUAUCAUCUUUGACCUUCUGACUCCAAUGCAUUAGCUAACGUUGCAUUGCAAAAGGGCUGGCCCCUAGGUAGUCUCAUAUGUGCUUAACUUCACACAUUUGCAGACAGGACAGCUUCCUAAAACGACGAAGAGGAAGUCAUUGCCACAGUCAACAAGAAAGUAAGUUUGCCAAUCAAGUAGCUAGCAAGCUAGAUAACAACUCAACUUUGAAGAACAACACUUGUUCAUUUGUGUGUAGGUAGUUCUUCUGGCCGAGUAAAUGUGAACGUAAGUAGUUGUCGUGGCCGAGUGGUUAAGGCGAUAGACUAGAAAUCUAUUGGGAUCUUCCCGCGCAGGUUCGAAUCCUGCCGACAACGGGUUAUUUUGUGUUGCAGCCUGUUGAAUCAGAAUAUCUGGCUGUAUCAUUCUGUCAGUGUUAUACUUCCAAAAAUCAAUUGUGUUCAUAUUACGUUAUUAUUGAAACUCAGUAAAUCUAAUAAGACAUCUGUAUAUCUCUGUUGCAUGCUUUCAAUGUUACUGUAUGUUUUACAGUUGUCAUUAUCUUAGGCAGACCAAAAUGGUAAUUCAUGGGAAGCCAUAAAGUCUAGUAGUGAGCCUUUGGUAAAGCAUGUAUUUGAUAAAAGCUCUCUUUCCAUCCCCAUUUGUUCUUAUGUGAGCAGGUGCUGCCCUGUUUACCUUGGUGGAAGUUCCAUUGCAAAUGGUGUAGGAACAGCUGUUUCACAAAGGUAAAAGUGCUGUUAAAUGGAAUUGCAGCGAUCAUCAACUAGAUUAAUCCGCGGGGCAAUUUUUUUUCUUGAGUGGAUGGUGGGGGUGGGGGGGACGACGACAUAAUUAGUAAACUGCAAAUUGACCACAAGAAGCCCAAACGGAUAUAAUACUGAACUAAAACAGACUAAUUUCAAACCUUGCUUUGCGUAUGAUCACAUACUGUAUAUCUCUCUAUUAUGCAUGGGAAUACUUUGCAACAGAUUUCCAAAAUUAAAAUCCCUUGGAGCUGAUUUGCUAGUGUUUUUUAGGUAUUUUAUGUUCAACAAUAAAAUAUAUAUGUAUGUGUGUGUAUAUACAGUUGAAGUCGGAAGUUUACAUACACCUUAGCCAAAUACAUUUAAACUCAGUUUUUCACAAUUCCUGACAUUUAAUCCUAGUAAGAAUUCCCUGUUUUAGGUCAGUUAAGAUCACCACUUUAUUUUAAGAAUGUGAAAUGUCAAAAUAAUAGUAGAGAGAAUGAUUUAUUUCAGCUUUUAUUUAUUUCAUCACAUUCCCAGUGGGUCAGAAGUUUACAUACACUCAACUAGUAUUUGGUAGCAUUGCCUUUAAAUUGUUUAACUUGGGUCAAACGUUUGGGGUAGCCUUACACAAGCUUCCCACAAUAAGUUGGGUGAAUUUUGGCCCAUUCCUCCUGACUGAGCUGGUGUAACUGAGUCAGGUUUGUAGGCCUCCUUGCUCGCACAUGCUUUUUCAGUUCUGCCCACAAAUGUUCUAUAGGAUUGAGGUCAGGGCUUUGUAAUGGCCACUCCAAUACCUUGACUUUGUUGUCCUUAAGCCAUUUUGCCACAACUUUGGAAGUAUGCUUGGGGUCAUUGUCCAUUUGGAAGACCCAUUUGCGACCAAGCUUUAACUUCCUGACUGAUGUCUUGCGAUGUUGCUUCAAUAUAUCCACAUAAUUUUCCUUCCUCGUGAUGCCAUCUAUUUUGUGAAGUGCACUAGUCCCUCCUGCAGCAAAGCACCUCCACAGCAUGAUGCUGCCACCCCCGUGCUUCACGUUGGGAUGGUGUUCUUCGGCUUGCAAGCAGCCCCCUUUUUCCUCCAAACAUAACGAUGGUCAUUAUGGCCAAACAGUUCUAGUUUUGUUUCAUCAGAUCAGAGGACAUUUCUCCAAAAAGUAAGAUCUUUGUCCCCAUGUGCAGUUGCAAACCGUAGUCUGGCUUUUUUGUGGCUGUUUUGGAGCAGUUGCUUCUUCCUUGCUGAGCGGCCUUUCAGGUUAUGUCAAUAUAGGACUCGUUUUACUGUGGAUAUAGAUACUUUUGUACCUAUUUCCUCCAGCAUCUUCACAAGGUCCUUUACUGUUGUUCUGGGAUUAAUUUGCACUCUUCGCACCAAAGUACGUUCAUCUCAAGGAGACAGAACACGUCUCCUUCCUGAGCGGUAUGACAGCUGCGUGGUCCCAUGGUGUUUAUACUUGCGUACUAUUGUUUGUACAGAUGAACGUGGUACCUUCAGGCAUUUGGAAAUUGCUCCCAAUGAUGAACUAGACUUGUGGGGGUCUACCAUAUUUUUUCUGAGGUUUUAGCUGAUUUCUUUUGAUUUUCCCAUGAUGUCAAGCAAAGAGGCAUUGAGUUUGAAGGUAGGCCUUGAAAUACAUCCACAGGUACACCUCCAAUUGACUCAAAUGAUGUCAAUUAGCCUAUCAGAAGCUUCUAAAGCCAUGACAUCAUUUUCUGGAAUUUUCCAAGCUGUUUAAAGGCACAGUCAACUUAGUGUAUGUAAACUUCUGACCCACUGGAAUUGUGAUACAGUGAAUUAUAAGUGAAAUAAUCUGUAAACAAUUGUUAGAUCACUUGUGUCAUGCACAAAGUAGAUGUCCUAACCGACUUGCCAAAACUAUAGUUUGUUAACAAGAAAUUUGUGGAGUGGUUGAAAAACGAGUUUUAAUGACUUCAACUGUACAUACAUACAUACAUACAUAUGUAAGUGUGGCAAAUAAAUCAUCAGCGGGCCGUGGUCACAAGCGUGGAUCACAUUUUAAUUUGACUCAUUGUUUAACCUGUGCUGACAGGUCAUGUGACCAGCUGAGAUGUAUCUCCUGUGACUUUCGGGUGGCCAUGUUUGACGAUCAUGAAUGGGACCCCUCUUGUGAUUACCUCUUCUUAAGGUGAGCCUCCUCUCAUUGGGCCUGAUGUAUCUUUAUGGGGUAACAAUUUAAAUAUUGUUAUUAUCUUGAAACAAGUUUGAAGUUGUUACAGAAAACCACAAAUCCCAAAUGUCUCAGAUUUGAACAGAAGAGGGCAGUGUAUACCUUUUAUUUUAGAACUUUGUGAAAAUAAACUGGAAUAAUCUUCAUUUGAUUCUUAAUGUAAAAGGCCUUUUAAGUGGGGAUUAUGACUUUAACCUUGAUUGAUAUCCACCCUUUCAGAGAAACGGGUAACUUUUUGCCAAAGUGAGUAUGAAUACACAGUGGUUUAAUUUAAGACUUUUUUAAAACCAUGCUCUGAGAUCGGUGCAUGGCAGAUAGGAUUUUCAUAGGACAACUGGUAGUAGUGGAUGGAGACAGACAUUAGAAAGGUAGAAAGGCAGUCAAACAACACAGUAAUGCCACCUUGGGUGCCUCUCUGGUUCAAUAUUGUGUUGGUUCACUGACAGAGAGCGUGCCCAUGAUGACACAGACUGACACUUAAGCUAAGUUAAUGCAGUGAAGUGGAAGACGUCAUAGCAGUAGAGCUGUAAGUAGGCAGGCGUGGGUAUUAACACCAAGACAGGAAUUACAUUAUUCUAGGCUACACUAAUUUGAUACUACUGGUGAGAGUCGACUUGAAAUGAAAACUAAGAAAGACGAUAGACAGAAGGGCUGUGCUCAAAUGAGAGAAAAACAUUUUCAAAUAGAAAAACAACAAAGGCUAUUGCAGCCACAAUGUUGUUGGUAUUUUGGUGCAGGUAAAUUAUGGCACUCGGGAGCAGCGUAUGCUUUGUGAACAGGCUUCCUUUCAUUCUAAAAUAUUCUGUAGCUAGUGCUUUUAAUGUAAUUUUUUUCAUAGUGUAGGAUCGCAGCAGCACAGCUUUGUUGAAUCCAGACUUUUGUGUUGACAAAAUGGAGGUAGUAGAACUAGUGAAAAUCCAGUGCAAGAACAGCGAGCAGGGAGUACUCAUAUGGACCCUACCACGUUGUUGUCUUCCUAGAGCAUGUGCAGUGGGUGAUAGUGGGUGAUGUUCCAAGCUGGUGGGUUUUGCUGUCGGUACUAUCACAGCAGUGAACCAAUUAUCUGUUCAGGUGGACACUUGGUGAUUUCAGGCUUUGUGCUGGAAGAUAGUGGUUUUACUAACUUGCUGACGACCCAGGGCUCCUCUACAGGACAUGGGGAUUAAUUUAUCAUUACAUUGCGCUUGUUAAAUGCAAUGUAACAUAUUGUGCAAAUGAUGCUGAAAUUAACAUACAGCUUUAGGAUGGACAUGCUUACCAUCGAACUUCAAUGUCCAUUGUGUCUUGUAUACUUUGUCUUUGUCCUCCCACACAGAUUAAUUCCUUCAGCUGUACAUUACAGGUUAACUCUGGAAUAUUUGUGAUGUUGCCAAUCAUUCCACAAUCUUUCAGGGGUUCUUGGAGGCUGGUUUUGUUCCAUGCACAUGACCAACUUAAGUGUCAAGUACUUUGUGAAUUUAGUACUACUUAUCCUAUCUAUAACUCUACAUACCAAUAUUAUUCUGUGAGAGAUAUUCACCUACUGCUCAUUGCUCAGCUAACCAGCCUUGUCUCUUUGUAUCUCUGCAGGAACAACAUGCCAGACUGUCAGAAGCUGCGGGCCAAGCUGAGGAGAAGGAAAGGGGCACGAGCGUAUGCCUGCCAGUGUAGCUGGCACUCUGCUCGAGACCUCACCGACCUGAGAGAACAGCACCAGCUCAAGUGGGUCUGUGGGAAGCAUGAUGUGUGACAGCCUUCUCUCUAUCACACACACACACACACCACUUUGCAGUUACUUGUUAUAGACAUCCCAACACAUUUUUCUGCCUUGAGAAUUAUGUAGGUCUUUCUAUGCGUUACAUUUAGUGUGUUCUGGGUUUAAAGGUAAAUUAACAAGGUAGGUCUUCUGCUAUCUUUAGAGAUGUGAUUUUAGCUAGCUCAGUUUUAAGAGCAGGUAUAUGCCAGACCAUACUUGUGUGAAAACGGUACUUAGAAAAGACGAGGCUAAAUUGAAUGAGUAUUUUAUGUAAAACUAAAAAGAAAUAGUAAUGAAGUCAUUCCAUUAUCUGGUAGUAUUUCAUAUACAAUGCUGUUACAUGCUUUUCUGUAGCCUUUCCUCCUUUUAGUUUCUAUCUCCUGUGUCCUUUGUUUAUUUCCUCUUCUGACCCUUUGAGUAAAAUGCAUUCUCUGUUUUAAGGGAUUUAUGAUCUUACCAUUCAUGUAUUGUGUAUAAUAUGAAGGUGAGGUUAGUGGGAAGUUAAAUGACGCAAAUCUUUCCUGUUGCAUCUGUGCUACACAUUUAGACAUAACAUGAACCAUAAAAGCAUUACUUCACUCUGACAAUCUAGUAGUUGAUACUUUAUAAAUGAAUCAUAAUCAAAUGAAGUAGUCUGUGGAUAGUUUAUUAAAUAUCUACUAAUUCAUUCAUCAUUAGGGAACCAACUUCCAAAGACAUUCGUGGGAUUUGUUGUGAUAACCCAGUCAGUGAGUAGAUAUAGAUAUCAAGUAGAUAUUUUGGAUUGUAAAA